AUGAUAUAGUCCUAGGAUUUGAGAGUCUCAGACGAUGAGAGUAAAUCCAAAUAAAAUUUAGAACAGGAAAAUCAUAAUUUGACAAAAUAAAGGAUCAAAUUUAAAAUCAAUACUAAUAACAAGUACAAGAAAUUCGCACUUAUAAAAAAUGAUUAUCUGCUAAAAUCAAAUAAAGCUCCAGAUUAUAACCCAUAGGACUAUGUUUUUUAUUCAAGCUUUAACAAUAGAAAUGCUGUGAAAUCUUAGGAAAAUAUCACUGGAUUUAAAACAAGUAUAAGUAGUUAGGUCGAAUUCCUGCCUAUGAUUAAACAACCUUUAAGGACUGAAAAUGAAAUAUUAAAAAACAGUACAGCUAGAUAACUUUCUUACAGAGAAACUGAAACUUCAUCAAUGUUCAGAAUUGACAAGAAAAAGCAGCAAAGAUAUAGACAAUCUUAGAUAGUCUAGGAUGAUAAAACGUAAGAAAUUUUAAGAUUAGAUAUCGACAGAGAAAUAUAGUAAAUCAAAGUUCUAAAACCUAGAAAAUUUGACUCGUAGACAAGUCAAGAAUACAAUUAUGGCGUGGCUACAAAACAAGCCUUAAAUUCACACAAAAAGAAAAAGUCUAAGAAACUUAAACUUGAAGAACUUAAUGCACUUAUAUCAACAAAUGAUAGAAGUGAAAUUGAAUCAGAAAAGCAAAAUCCUUUUCAAUCAAAGAAUAAUCUCUGUAAUGAUUAUAUGUUGAAUGAUUAUACAUCAAUAUCUGGACUAAGCAACAAAAAGAAUUAAAAAUUGACUUAAAAACGAAUUGAGGUAAACACUUAAGUAAUUGAUGUCUACUAUCCAUAAACUAUGAGAUUUCAAAGUCAAUUGUAAAUAAAAAAUUAGAGAAGCAAACGCAAGGAUGAGAGUUAGGCCAAACUAAAGUCAAUACUCUUUGAUGGCCCAACAAAGGCUAAUCUGUAGAAAUUUGGAAUAGACCCUAAGAAAUUUUCAGGUGAAAAAUUUAUACAGAGUGAGUAGGUAUCUCCUGCAAGACUAAUAACAGUUAAUGAACAGCUUAUACAUACGUAAUACAGACUAAGAUAGCUCAGAGAGUUUAGGAAAAACCAGGGCAUCAAAAUACUUUGA